AUGUCCGUGAUGCGCCAUGGAGGAAGCGGCUUUCUCCAGCGUCGCCUCACGAAGCUCUACACUGAUACCAAGACCUCAUGCGAAAGUGUGACGACUGCAUCCAAAGCUCUCGAUGACCCAGAAUUGAUUGCGCUCCAUGAAAGCUUCCAGAAGCAGCGGGAUCGUUUACUUUCAUGGGGUUUGGAUUGGAGCGACGCCAGUGCCGCUCAGCCGAAUGAUAUUGACGAAUCUUUGACUGCCGCCGGCUUCAGUGAUGUUGUCGAAAGUGUGAUGUCUACGAUUCAGGACUUGCUGAAUGAUGCGGAGCGUGUGCAGCACAUUGAUCCGCCAAUGACCUCCAAGGAACACAAAGUCGACCUGCCGACAAAAGACACUCUUAGCGGUCGACCUCUCAAGACCCAGUGGACAGACGAUGAUAUCAGCCGCUCCAAGACGAUCUUGACUGAUUUGACCUCAUGCAUCGACACACUGUAUGAGCUGUCCACUUCACGCCGCACGAUGGCAUCCAGUAUGUCAUCGAGCAAGCACAAUAUGGCCGGUCGCCGAUCGAAAACGCAUCCUCUUCCAUCCCACGAUACUCCACACAGGUCGUACUCCGAUAGCAAGGAGAAGAUGAGAUCCUCUAAACAGGGAUACGAGGCCUUCUUUUCCACACCUAUGAAAUCCAAAAUCGAUCAGGCCCCAGAUCUGGUUAUUGAGCACUCCGCGUUACAACUAUUCGGUACUACCCACGACAGCAGUCCACCCCCGUACGAAUCGGUUGCAGCCUCAACGAACUCUCGCAUGGUGGGGCGUCUGCGAACGUCUUCAUGCCCAUUGCUUCGGGACACAGUGACAGAUUCCCAUGUGUCCGUGCUGGUAGAGUUCAUGCCCAUGAUUGUCGAUUCUCAGACGAAUGCGAAGCCUUCACGUUUGGGAAAACUGCAAAAGUCUCUCGAUCUCCUUCUUCAUAAUUCUAGAGUCGGGCAUCUGGGACUUUUGAGGUUUCUUGGAUACUGCACUGACGAUCGUCAUGCCCGUUACGCCUUCCUUUACCAGAUGCCUGUUGAUUAUUUCCCCUUUUUGCGCAAUCCAAGUGACCUUUUGAAGGAGCUCAAGCCCAUCUCCUUGGGUGCGCUACUUCCAUCAACCGAGGACUAUCGUGAGAAGCGGAUGCCAAAUUUGGAGACACGCUUUCGCCUGGCCUAUGAUCUGAUGAUGUCCGUCUUGCAUAUGAGAAGCCAGAAUGUGGUGCAUGGCAAUAUCAACAGCAGCAACAUCAUUUUCUUCCCUGGCCGGACCGAUGCUAGUCACGACGAGAGUGGUCUGGCUCCAGAUAUGCGGCGACCAUAUUUGACCUCGCCGGCACGCUUUUCUGCCGACGGGCCUACUCCGGAGCUACUUUCAACGGCGAUGUAUCGUCAUCCCGAUGACAAGAGAAUAAUCGAGGACGAGGCCGCUUGGGCAUACGAUCUCUACUCUCUGGGCCUGGUGCUGUUAGAGAUUGGGCUUUGGGCUCCAAUUGGUCGCCUUUGGAAACAAAAGUACGACCGGUCCUGGUUUAAGCAUCGCAUCGAAGACCUUUACGUGAAGAAACUAGGUUCAAAAUGCGGUACCGCGUACCUCCAAGCUGUGCAGCUUUGUCUCGACGCUCCAAACUUUCACCUCUCGACCCAGCCGAUGACCGACCUGACCCUUCGUGUGCCUCAAAUCUACCACUACCCGGUUCUGGAGCAGUCUGAUCCUGACGGCACCUUCUCCUUCUCCAUGAAUUUCCUUUACACGAUAUGUAAAGUCCUUUGGGCGUGCACUCGCAUCGACAUCUUCGCUGCUCCACCGGCAGAAGAACUCGAUGAUUCUCUGCCCCUGGCUCUCGUUCCAUCCCCAGAGCUUACACCAGCCACAGAGGUUGCGGAGCCCCUCUCAUUCCAUAACGAGCCGCUCGGCCUGGAAAAGGAUCUACCACCACUUCCCCAUCAACAGUGGGAAGUACGACCCGAGCAAACCAUGAUCGAAAGACCGGCAAAGAAAAGAACUGUCAAACGUCUCCCACACCUCGAAAUACCCGACGACCAUCUUCAAGAAUGGAACUUUCAGGUCAUGCCUCGCCUCAGUCGGCUUCUUCAGAAAAUUUUGAAAGAGUCAGAUGAGUCGUGCGGGGUGAGCCUCAUGAUGACCGGCGAAGACCUUGAAAGCGCUAAAACCACCAUUUGCGUCACCUGUGCCAGCGUCAAGAAAGUUCGAUCGGCUUUGAAGAAGCACUUCCCUCUUGACCGCGAAGAUUGGGAUCUCAUUGUCCUUCGUGGAGAUAUUGAAAGGUCUAAAGUUCCCCGCGCGAAGCGCCGGAAGCCUGCGAAGACACGUCCCAAUGGCUCGAACGAGACGCCUUUCCGCCAGCGUGAGCUAAAUCCAUGCUAUCAACAAAGACCUUUGUGCGGCGCAUCGAUCGGAGCUUUUCAGAACGAGGAGCACUUGCCUCCCGUAUCCUACGGUGGUGCUGUGCUUGUUGAUGGUUAUCCAUACGGUCUCACGGUCCACCACAUGCUCGAGGCGCCGAGUGAUGACGAAGAUCUUGAAGACGAUGAGCCCGAGGCACCUUUUCGUUCUGCGGGUACAGGGCCCCGGGAUGCUUCCCAGGCAGCUUCUAGCGUUAGCAACCAAGAUCUCACAUACUCCUGGCGCGAUGACGAGCCUUCAGAGGCCAACCUGGACCUUGAAAUCUCAGACUCAGAAGAUGACGAGUCAACUUCUCCUGCGGCCGAGGGUGAUGGCGAUGAGUACUGGCUGUCCGAGGAUGACGAGUCGGAUGACGAGUCGGUUGAGGGUGCUGACGAGGAUGACUUUGACGACGACGCGGCAUCGGUUGGUGAUACUGCUGGCGUUGAGCCAGGGGAGGAGCCACGGCUGUUGGUCACACAACCAGCUAUUGACGACGUGCACAAAGAUUUUUUUCCUUCGCUUGAAGACCGGGAUGACGAACAUCUCGCCUCACACUCUCUUGGUUACGUCCACGCCUCUUCGGGUCUCCGUCGUUGGACGCGCCAAGGGAUGAAGCAUGAAAUCGACUGGGCCCUCAUCAAAGUCGACGAUACUCGCAUGGAUGCCCGCAACAUCAUCGUCGACACGACGACGCUGCUCCCCGGUCGACCGGGGUUUGGGCGGGGCCAACCACACCCAAUUUAUCUGAAUCAGGUCGCUCGCACCGAGGAACUCGGAGGAUUGACCGUCCACUGCUGUGGUCGCACCAGCGGGUUACAGACUGGACAGAUAUCUAAAGCCAUGACACUCGUCAAGUUACAUGGCCGCCAUUCAUUCUCAACCAGCUUUUCUGUGAAUGGAAAUUUUGGAGCCCCUGGUGACUCCGGCGCCUGGGUUUUCGAUAGGUCUACCGGCCGCGUUUGUGGUCACGUCCUGGCUUGGUCAGCGCGAUCAAAUACAACCUACAUUCUCCCCAUGGAAGUCAUUUUCGAAGAUAUUCGGCGGACUCUCAACGCGACCCUCGUCUGUCUCCCUGGCGAUCCCAGUCGCGGUCUCAGUUACGCCAGCCCGACGCCUCCUCUCCAUCCUGGAGGGUACGGUUAUCCGAGUCCACAACUGGCAGAUGAUUUUGGCCGGCUCGCCAUUCGAGGCCCUCCACCAGGUCCACCGGGUGUUCCUCCACGUCCGGUUGCCCACCCAUAUGGGUAUCACCCGGGCGGUUUCGCUCGUCCUCCGCCUCCUCCACCACCACCACCACCACCUCCUCCUCCUCCUCCUCCUCCUCCUCCCCGUCCGGGAUCUCAAGAGGCUCAACUAUACAGGGGUGUUGGUCCCAUCCCACCUUCAUUACUGGCUGGACCCCGGAACAUUGAGCGACAAUUUGCUUGA